CUAAAGUAAAUAUAGUUUUUGUUUGAAAUGUACCUUUCCGAUAAAAGGAUUCCUCACUAUGCAGAAUGUUAUUGAAAGGCUCUGCUAUCAUUGGGUGCUCAGACAACCACCAGCAGUAAGGUAAAACAUUAACUUUUGUUCUGCUGACACAACGCUGCCAACGCUUCCUUAUUAGUGGAAACAGUUGAAAGUGGAUGUGUGUGUGUCCAGAUGUCGUGCUAAUGGAGAAGAGGAGUUUAAUCGUUACACAAGCAACCCAUAAAUCAAAGCCCAACAUCCCUGACCAAUCAGAGAAGGAGCAUCGAGUCGAGAUGUUUCACCUUUGGAGCAUUAUCCAGUUCGAGCAUGUCACCCCCAUGAUACCAAACAUCCGCCAUUUCUAGCUUUGUCUCGCUUUUGACAAUCUUCUGGAGAAGAAUAUAUUUGCAGCAAUGGAAGUCAUCUUUUGGGAACUACUAAUGAGACCUGCAUAUUUCAUCAAGACUUUGAUUGUCAAACCUUUCUGAAGCGAUUGACCUCUAAGUUUGAGCAUCAGAGUUUGGGUCCAUUCUGGUUGAUGGCGAGGUUCCAGUAUGUGCGGUUCAAAGUGAGCUGGACAGCCAUUUUGACUCUGGCCCACUUCACGUACCUGCUGGUUGGGGCCACCAUCUUCCAGAUACUGGAGCGGGAGGCUGAGAGCAACAACCGGAACCAUUUCCAACUGGAGAAGUUACAUUUCUUGGCAAACUACACCUGCCUGGAUGGACCAGCCUUGGAGAAGUUUGUUCAGGUGAUUUUGGAUGCCUGGGAAAAGGGAGUGAACCCCUCAGGCAACUCAACAAACCCCAGCAACUGGGAUUUUAGUAGCUCCUUCUUUUUUGCAGGCACAGUUGUCACAACUAUAGGCUACGGGAACCUCUCCCCCAGCACUGUAUCAGGUCAAGUGUUUUGUGUGUUUUACGCACUGUGUGGAAUCCCCCUGAACCUGGCCUUCCUCAAACAGCUGGGGAAGUGUCUCACCAUCCAUCUGGGUCGACUGGAGAGGGGAAUGGUCUCGGUUGUUCCUCACAAGCAGACAGUUGAGGCUCUGGCAGUGAGCUUGUUCUUCAUCACCGGCAGCCUGCUGUUUUUAGUCAUCCCUCCUCUGCUGUUCAGCUACGUGGAAGGCUGGUCGUUUGGCGAGGGCUUCUAUUUCACCUUCAUUACCCUCAGCACCAUUGGUUUUGGAGAUUAUGUGGUGGGGACUGACCCAGGCAAGGAGUACAUCUCUCUAUACCGCAGCCUUGCAGGCAUAUGGAUCAUCUUUGCCUUGGCUUGGCUCGCCCUUAUCCUUAACAUGGGAGCCAGAACAAUGGAGUAUGCAAUUGGCCUGACUCAUCCAGGCUUUAAUAAACAAAAGGAGGAAGAAGACGUGUCCUCAAGUACAAUAGAAGACACGUCAAAUAUGUAAUAUUCACUAGGUAGAACAUAUUUUGUGUGACUGUUUUCUUUACAUAUUGUGUUACAUUAAAAACAG